UCCAACAACAGGACGCCCCAGCUGAUGGGCACAAUUGUUGGUUGGGAGGGCCACUGGGCAGUGCUCAUGGUUGUGGCUCUGGGGGGUUGCUGGGCACUGGAUUGUGCUGCUGGUAGCUGCACUUGCACCCAGGGGAGAGUGGACUGUUCCAGAAAAGGCCUUUACUUCAUCCCCAGGAACAUGGAGGAAGACUCUCACACUGUGCUUCUGGCCUUCAACCAAAUUGGCACCAUCUCGGCCGUCUCCCUGCUCAGGUACCGUAACUUACAGCAUCUGGAUCUGCAGAGCAAUCUAAUCUCCACUAUCCACAACCAAGCCUUCCAGUACCAGCAGAACCUGACCUACCUGGACCUGAGUGGAAACCUGCUGGCCACCAUCCAUUCAGAGCAGUUUAGGCCUCUCUUCAGGCUGCUCACCUUAAACCUGGGAAGCAACUGGAUCUCAGAACUGCCAGAUGGUGCUCUGGACUCAUUGGCUGCCUUAGAUGCCCUCUAUUUGCAUAAUAAUGCCCUGACUGACUUAGCUGGCAAACACCUGUCCAAGCUGCCGGCCCUGAGACACCUGCGGCUGGACGGAAAUCCGUGGGUCUGUACGUGCCGGAUCCAGACUCUGUUGGACUGGAUGAAACACAACCCAGAGAAAGUAGAAGAGACGGACAGAACACUGUGUCGAUUCCCAGGGUACCUGGACCAGUUCCCACUGCUGGGGAUAGCAGGUGAAUCCUUCAGGCAGUGCCAGAACCUUUUCUCUCUCUUGGCCCACUUGUAUUUGUUGUUUAUAGGGAGCCUUCUGUUUAUUGGGAGCGUCCUUCUGUGCUUUGUGAUUGGCUCCCUGGUGGUUGCUCAGAGACAGUUGCGGCAUUGGAGGAGAAUGAGGCCCCGUGUGUAUAGGAAGAGAAUCGUCAACAAGAGAGAUGCCAUUAUAUAUGGGCACCAACUGCCUGUGUGCAGUACCUAACUUGGGUCAGGAGUAGAUCUGCGCUCAGCCUGGUACCAUAUACUGUAAAAUUAAGGCUUGGUCCCAAGAGUGGCCAAUUGGGGGGUUCGUUAUUGAACCGGUGGACAAUCUAUUGGGGGGAGCGUUGCUCAUAGAGCUCAUCAAUACAAUAGGGAUUCAGUGCCUGGUUUCUGGGCCCUCCCCUGGAUAUGGACAUGGCUGGUAUUUGUACUCACCAGUCUGGGCUUUCCAAGAGAACACAAUGUAGGGAACCAAUUGUCUCAGGUUGGGCGGCACCUCUGGAAUCAUAUAAAAAUACUCACAGUCACACAGGGGUAGAACAGUGCAGAACAAGAGGCUUACCCCACAAUACAGAACCUUCACUCCCAAUGUCCUCGUUGGUCUCCAUGGCAGCACCAUUAGGGCACAGGGAAAGAGAGGGCCCCAUAGAGGUACUUCCACCAGAAUAAUCCUGGGGUUGCAUUGUUAUUUGUA